AAUUAAUAAUAGUUUAAUGAACUAAUUAAUCUGGAACACUGUGAAAGGACUAACUUAGACCUUCCCCUUUGACCUUUGAUAAAUGAUUACAAAAUAAAAUUUUUAGUUUUCUUAGGGUUAAAGUGCCCAUAUAUCUUAUAAAUUUGCUGUUGUCUGUUAUCAAGGAUACUCGACUGAUCGAGCUUACGUUAAAUAUAUGUUUUGAUAAGGUCUAACAAAAGAAAGACGCAAACAUGUUUUUGAAAAUAACUUCUGCAUUUUUACUAUUAUUUAUCAAUUUAAGUGCAAGUUAUAAACCAGUUGUUUUAAUUCAUGGCAUUAUGACGGGAAGUGGGAGCAUGGAAAUUAUUAAAUUCAGGAUACAAGAGAAACACCCUGGUACAGUUGUAUAUAAUGUAAAUAGGUUUGAAAGUUGGUCUAGUUUAGAAACAAUGUGGCAUCAAGUGUUGGAGAUUGGUCAAGAUGUGGCCAACAUCUCAUCCAAACAUCCAGAAGGUAUUAAUAUUAUAGGAUAUUCACAAGGAGGUUUAGUCGCAAGAGGUAUUAUACAAACUUUUCCAAAUAUAACAGUGGAUACAUUUAUAUCUUUGAGUUCACCACAAGCCGGACAGUAUGGAGCUGGUUUUCUACAUGUUGUGUUUCCUGGUCUUGUUAAGGAGACUGCAUAUGAGUUGUUUUACUCUCGUUUGGGACAGCACACUUCCGUAGGCAACUACUGGAGAGAUCCGUAUCAUCAAAAGCUUUAUGAAACAUACAAUGUAUACCUGCCCUAUAUUAAUAAUCAUAUCAAAUCAAAGAGAUCCGCUGAUUUCAAGGCCAACUUAUUAAAAGUUAAACGAUUGGUCCUUGUUGGUGGUCCUGAUGACCAAGUUAUAACACCAUGGCAGAGCAGCCAAUUUGGAUACUACGAUGGUAAUGAAACUGUGGUGGAAAUGAGGAAUCAGGAUAUUUAUGUGGAGGACCACAUCGGGCUGAAGUCUCUGGAUGUAGCAGGUCGUCUGCAUCUCCUCACUGUGCCAGGAGUCAACCACUUCGACUGGCACAUGAAUGUUAGCAUUAUGGAUGAUUUCCUACUACCCUACUUAGAUUAGUUCCGUUUUUUGUGACC